AUGAGGAUUUUUGCAAAGGCGACAGAGAAGGAGCAGACAGAUAGGCAAGAGGAGAACAAAAAAGAGAGAAGAGAAUAUCAAGGAGAAUCAGGAAAAAGGGAUCGAAGCUCUUUUGCAGUCAGCUCCCAUCUGUCCAAAUCGGGAAUAACCAGGCAGAGACCACCAGUUGGCUCGUGUGUCGGAGGGCCGCCGAGGGCAGGCGUCUCUCCGAAAGGCCCCCAGCCAGUUAGCGACAGGGAGAGAGGAGAGAGGAGGAGAGACGCAGAUCCGGCUCUGGACAGAGUUGUGCGGACGGCAAACCCUUGCAGCAAGGAUCAAAUGAAGUCCUGGAUGGGAGAGCACUUGGAUGGGGUAGUGAAAAGAGCCCUGAAUUUGGAGUCAGAGGACCGAGGUGUGAAUCUUGGCUCUGCUACUAACUGUGUGACCUUGGGUCCUGCUGCCCCCCAAGAGCCCCCGUUCCCGGACAUUUAUGGUGGUGAUGCCCAGCUCUGGGAGGCUCACUUCCGUGGCAUUGGUCGGGCUUACCGGGCCCUGGGCAAGGAGGAUGACUUCGCCAUCCGGGUGCUGACUGAGGACUUUACACUGCCCUUCCCUUACGCCUGGCCACCUGGACCUGACCCUGCCCGGGGUCCCCUCUUCUAUGACCCCCAGGACAGGACAGGCUUUGACUUCCUCCUGCGGCCUGGGGCACCCCCACCUGCCUUGCUCCGUCCUCUCCAUGCCACUGCACAAGCCUUCCUACGAAAGCGGCGACUGGAGCAGCUGGCUUUGAGCUAUGCCAGCUCGGGCGGUGGUGCCGCCCCACAUCCUGGAGUGGUCCUCCUGGCCCCAGCCCCGGGGCCCAAUAAAUUCCCUACCCCAGGACUUCCAGAUGGGAAAGGGGCCAGGGCCCCACUGGUCUAAGCCAGAGCAUCGUGUAGCAUGGGCAUUGCCUGUCUCCCUCUAGUGUCUUCUGGAAAAUGAAUAAAUAUUUUUUCUUCCUA